AUGCCAUUCGGACUCAAUAAUGCAGGGGCGACAUAUCAAAGGUUAGUCAACAAGAUGUUCAAAGAACAACUUGGUAAGACCACGGAAGUUUACAUCGACGACAUGCUAGUAAAAUCGACAAAGAAAGAGGAUCACAUUGGCCAUCUGAAGGAGGCGUUCGAGAUAUUGAGGCAAUACGGGAUGAAGCUGAAUCCCGAAAAAUGCACCUUUGGCGUAACUUCAGGAAAGUUCCUUGGUUUUCUAGUGUUACAAAGGGGUAUCGAGGUCAACCCGGACCAGAUCAGAGCCAUCGAAGGAAUACCGGAGGUAUUGACCAGCAAAAAGCAGGAAAGACCAUGGAAUGCAGAAUGCGUCGAUGCCCUGAGAAAACUGAAAGCGUAUCUAUCUUCGCCACCCAUACUCGUCAAGGCAGACCCAAGUGAAUGUCUACUUGUGUAUCUAGCAGUCUCUGAAGUCGCUGCAAGUGCAGUCUUGGCAGCCAGAUAUAACCUUGUAAACGGCGAUCUCUACAAAAGAACGUUCGGCAGCCCCCUGGCCAAAUGCCUUGGGCCAAACCAAACAAGACGAGUACUGGAAGAAAUACACGAAGGACACUUCGACGCCCACAAGGGAAUCCGCGCCAGAUACUACUGGCCCACCAUGAAAAAAGAAGUUGCAAACUACGUUAGAAGAUGCGAACAGUGUCAGAAGUACGCUCCUAUGAUACAUCAAGCAGGGGAACUCCUCCAUUCUGUCACUUCACCAUGGCCAUUCAUAAAGUGGGGGAUGGAUAUAGUCGGACCCCUCCCAGCCGGACGAGGUAAGGUGGAAGCAGGUGCAUACAAACAGAUACGUGAGCAAGAGGUCAUCGCGUUCAUAUGGAAAAACUUAAUAUGCCGUUUCGGCAUCCCCAAAGAAAUUUGCUGCGACAACGGACCUCAGUUUGUCGGAAAGAAAACGACCGAGUUUUUCAAGAAAUGGCACAUCAAACAAAUACUCUCCAUGCCAUAUCACCCUGCCAGUAAUGGUCAAGCCGAAUCCGCCAAUAAAGUAAUACUGAAUAUAUUGAAUAAGAAGUUUGAGGACGCCAAAGGGCUAUGGCCUGAACUACUAUUGGAAGUAUUAUGGGCAUACCGUACCACACCAAAAACCAGUACUGGUGAGACGCCAUAUUCACUAGUCUAUGGGACUGAUGUAGUUAUACCCAUCGAGGUCGGAGAGCCUAGUUUGAGAUACUCCAACGAGAGCGGACCAAGCAAUGACGAAAGUAGGCUACAAGAUCUGGAUGAAGUCAAAGAACGGAGAAACAUGGACCAUAUAAGAAUGGUAGCCCAGAAACAACAAGUGGAAAGCUACUACAACAAGAAGGACAAAGUGCGACCACUCAAAAUUGGAGAUUACGUCCUCAAGGCUAAAAUAUAA